UUCUAGCGCAGCUGUCAAAAUAGUUGCAAGCACGCUUCCAACAAAACGGAAAAAGCGGAAAUUUUUAUACGAAAUUUAUACAAACAUUUAACCGAAAAACAUAAAAAGUAUAUUUUUAAAAGGUGUUUAGUUUCAGUUAUUAAACAUAUUUUAACUCGAGAAACGUCAAAUUAGACCAUUUUUGUGUAGGAGAUAUAUAAAAAAUCGCUACCUAUUCCAAAACAACGAAAGAAAAAUAAAAGAAGAAAAAAUGCCGAGUGAUACAGUUGCCAAAGUUCAGGAAUAUAAAGAUUCUUUAAUUAAAAAGGCGGAGCAAUUAAUAAUUCAAGGCUUCCCAGAGAAAAUUGUGGAACUUAACGAGCUUUUGGAUACUCCCAUGUUUAGUGAACGUAACUUUACUGAAGUUCACCAAGACUUAAACAUUCCAAUCCCAGAUCCAAUCGUUGUUAGUAACAAUGGAGCUAAUGAAAGCAACUCCGCAGCUGGUGGUGGUGAUGCUGACGAUGAACCAACAGCCAAGAGGCCACGUACUGACAAUCCAUUAAAUUCCGGCACUAAAGUUAUGUACUUGCCAAGUGGUAGUGUUCCCUGCAAUGCGCCGUUAUGCGAGAUGAUUAAAAUCGUUAAACCAAUUAUACGCAAAUUGGUUGAAGACUCAAAUCUGCUCAAGAUGUGGAUUUCAUUUAUGAUUCCUAAAAUUGAAGACGGUAACAACUUUGGCGUUUCAAUCCAAGAGGAUACCUUGGCAGAAAUUCAAACAGUGGAAUCUGAGGCGGCUGCAUUUUUCGAUCAAAUAUCCCGCUAUUUCCUAUCAAGAGCUAAAGUUGUGUCAAAAGUGGCUAAAUAUCCCCAUAUUGACGAUUACAGACGUGCAGUGGUUGAAUUGGACGAAAAGGAGUAUUUAAGUCUGUGGCUUGUAGUUUGCGAAGUGCGAAAUCGUUAUUCAUCACUACAUGAUAUUGUAAUUAAAAAUAUGGAAAAACUUAAAAAACCACGUUCCUCAAAUGCCGAAAGUCUUUACUAAUACGAUGGAUGGAGCAAAAAAUCUUGUUAAACAAACAAAGCCGUUCUCAAACUUUCUGUAUUUACAAAAACAAAGAUUGAGAAAAUUCAACCAUAAAUUUAUAAGAACCCCAAAGGAACAGUAAUCCUGUUGUAAUACAACUUUGUUUCUUUUCAAUAAUUUAACAAUAUUUCGUACUAUUACUACCCAUAACGAAAAAUAAAUUCAAAAUUUACAUUUUAAUGUUCUCCAGAAAAUAUAUGUAUACUGUUUAUAAUUUUAUAAUAUAAUUAUAAUAUUUUACGUAUAUGUUAAUAAGAUCUAUACUCUGAAGGUGUAAAUUGAAAUGCUUACUCCUUUAUAAAACAUGUACUUACCAUCAUCACAAAUAACAUUAAUUUGCUUAAAACAAGGAAAACAAAAA